UAUUACUUGUUCUUCCUGAUUACCUCUUUCAUAUGAUCUGCAGCUCGUACUUCCUGAUUCAUGCUCAAACUAUAUUACAGCUUUUCAAAACAAACAUCCUAAUCUCACACCAUCUAGCUACUGACAGAGCUUUCUACGGGUCUUGCUUCAGAUUUGUGUUAUUAUUCAAACUCCUGAGACCUAGAAGGUAACAUGGAUAAUCCUCCACCUUAUACUCCGUACCCUUCAGCACCACCAAAUUAUGAACUAGGACCUGGAAAUGCAUCAUAUCUUCCCUAUCCACUGAACCCUGGCAUUGUGUCAAAUCCAUCCUAUCCACCAAAUCCGGGCAUUCCACCAAAUCCUUCCUAUCCACCACCACCAAACUAUACACCAGAUCCUCCCUGCCAGCUAAAUCCAGUCUAUCCACCAGCUUCUGCCACUCAGCCAGGUGCUGCUUAUCCACCCAACCCUAACUAUACAGCAAGUCCUCCAUAUCCACAGAAUCCCAUCCUUGUACCAAAUCCUGCUAACCAGUUCAGUGCUGGGCCAUCUUCUGCACCUCUACCAGCUGUAAAUAUUAACAUCAACCAAAAUCAAAAUCAAGCAAACACAGGACCAAAACGGACCACAGCCAUAGCCCAACCAGUGGUAAUUGUAACAGCUCCCGCAGCCCUUGGAAGUGGACCAACUUCCAUGACCUGUAUGACCUGCAGAACUACUGUUGUGACUAAAGUGAGCCACAAACCAGGAGCGCUGGCAUGGAUGAUGUGCAUUAUACUCUUCAUUUUGGGGUUAUUUGUGGGAUGCUGUCUCAUUCCUUUCUGUGUGCCUAGCUGUAAUGAUGCAACUCACAAGUGCCCUAACUGUGGUACUGUUCUUGGCCGCCACAGGCCCAUGUGAAUCCAUGACAUGCCAAAAUAAAAAGUGGAAUGUGACUUCAGAAAAAAUUAACAAUGUAAAAAAAUCAGCUAUGUAAAAUGAAGUAAUUAUACUACGCAAAGCACACUUAAUAUCUUUUCACACAUGCACUUUAUAAACAUUUUUAGUUAUUCAUACCUACUUUAAAAUGUAUAUUUCCAUGUAUAUGUGAUUCCAGUCAGAAUACAUUCUUUAAAUAUCCCUUCUACAGAUAUAUGAUAAAGUAAACAUAUGCUGCAAAAUGUCUGAAUAUUAUUUCUUUAUGCAUUUAAAUGUGUUACAUUGGCUGGCAUUAGCAGAAAGAGGGUUAAUUGUAUCAAAAUACACACAAAAGCAGUGAAACAAAUGAUGCAAAGUCAUUUGAAAUGUUUGUCUAAAUUCUACUGUUCUGAAUUUGCGGCAGUGACAUUCAGCAUUGUAUAAUACAGGAACAGGCCAUCUUUUUCGAGCCUUCAGAAUAUCACCACUAUGCCAAAAGGCAUUACGGAAUUCCUGAUAAAUGUGUUUGAAGAAAACAGAAGGAAAGUCUAAAGUGAUCACACUGGCUCACAACUUAUAUUCUGGUCACAACAAAAACUGAAAUACACACAAGCAAAUCAGUGUAGGAAAACUAUAUUGCAAUGUACCUGCUUUGUGUACAUAAAGACUGUUGCAACAUGCUUUGCAGACUCAGGAGAAAGCUCACGAAGUUCAAGAACAUCAGAUGCAUACAAUAAUACUCAUCUACCAUCUGUGAUAACUUACUUGCAAUUAACUCUUACCUCCUCCUGUCUGAAAGAUAGCACAGCUGCCAAGAAGUUACAAACUACAACAGAGGAGGGAACAGAAUCACUACAGUAGAAGAGGACGUGUUAUCACCAGAGCAGAGGAGGGGCCAUUGUCACCAGAGCUGACGAGUGGACACAGUCAGUGCCAUGCAAAGAGAAAUGGUGAGACAAAGUUUAACUAGUUACCAGUGUGAAGGUGGACAAUGCAGUUUAUUAGGACAACCUUAUUUAAAUUCAUUACACAGGUCGUGUACCCUCAUUAAAAACAGUGAUGCCCAUUAGCGAUAAAACAAACUCAGAGACAGGAAACGUCAUGUCAUAUCUUUACAGAGAACGAAGUUUAAAACAGACGUAGGUGGAAGGUAGUGACCAAUCUGGAGCUCGCUAUUUGGAACAACAUACCUAAUGAAGUAAGUAAAUAACAGAUGCUGACUUGUUUAAAUUAAAAUCAAGGAGCAUCCUGUAAAUAAGAACAGAUGGUCAUGCUUCCAGGAAAAAGGCUAAUAAAAUAUACCCCACCUGAAUCACUCUUAUAUAUGGUCCUCGAAUAUUCUGUUAUCGAAAAUAAGACUGUAAGAGGUGUCUGCAUAAUAAAUCUGUAUUUCUCAGCUA